UUUCGAACGCGGACGCCGCGCGCGGCUGAGGCGACCCGGCGCGAGCGAGCGCGCGGCGCAGGGACCCGGCGGGCUGCUGGGGCCUCCGCGGUGCCCGCCUCCGCUCCCUCCCCUCGGGCCCUCUGGGCCGGCCGGCCGGCGCCGCCUCCCGGGAAGAUGGCGCUGCACUUCCAGAGUUUGGCCGAAUUGGAAGUGUUAUGUACUCAUCUCUACAUAGGGACUGAUCUUACACAAAGAAUAGAGGCUGAGAAAGCACUCUUGGAACUUAUUGACAGCCCAGAAUGUCUCAGCAAGUGUCAACUUUUAUUAGAACAAGGAACAACAUCCUAUGCUCAGCUCCUUGCAGCAACAUGUCUUUCAAAACUUGUCAGCCGAGUCAGUCCUUUACCCAUUGAACAGAGGAUAGAUAUCAGAAACUACAUUCUGAAUUAUGUGGCAUCACAACCCAAGCUUGCUCCCUUUGUCAUCCAAGCUCUUAUCCAAGUCAUUGCCAAAAUCACUAAGUCUGGGUGGUUUGAGGUUCAGAAAGACCAAUUUGUCUUCAGAGAAAUUAUCGAUGAUGUGAAGAAGUUUCUUCAGGGUACUGUGGAACACUGCAUAACAGGAGUAAUAAUCCUUUCUGAAUUGACUCAGGAAAUGAACCUGGUUGAUUAUUCUAGACCUUCAGCAAAACACAGAAAAAUAGCUACCUCAUUUCGUGACACUUCUCUCAAAGAUAUUUUAGUGCUAGCAUGCUCUCUUUUAAAAGAGGUGUUGGCCAAACCUUUAAAUCUUCAAGAUCAAUAUCAACAAAAUCUGGUAAUGCAAGUCUUAAAAUUGGUCCUUAACUGCCUUAACUUUGACUUCAUUGGCAGUUCAGCAGAUGAAUCUGCAGAUGAUCUUUGUACAGUGCAGAUUCCAACAACUUGGAGAACAAUUUUCCUGGAACCAGAAACAUUGGAUCUUUUCUUCGAUUUGUAUCAUUCACUUCCACCACUACUAUCUCAGUUAGCGCUUUCAUGUUUAGUUCAAUUUGCUUCUACAAGAAGGUCCUUAUUUAGCAGUCCUGAACGUGCCAAGUACCUUGGUAAUUUAAUUAAGGGAGUAAAAAGAAUACUUGAAAACCCUCAGGGUUUGUCUGAUCCAGGUAAUUAUCAUGAAUUUUGUCGAUUUUUGGCUCGUUUAAAGACAAAUUAUCAGCUGGGAGAAUUAGUUAUGGUGAAGGAGUAUCCUGAAGUUAUCAGAUUGAUUGCUAAUUUUACCAUUACUAGCCUACAGCAUUGGGAAUUUGCUCCCAACAGUGUUCAUUAUUUAUUAACUCUGUGGCAAAGGAUGGUAGCAUCAGUUCCUUUUGUGAAAUCAACUGAGCCCCACCUAUUAGACACUUACGCACCAGAAAUCACGAAGGCCUUUAUCACUUCUCGGUUGGAAUCUGUUGCCAUAGUUGUGAGAGAUCAUUUAGAUGAUCCCCUGGAUGAUACUGCUACUGUGUUUCAGCAGCUGGAGCAGUUGUGCACCGUCAGCAGAUGUGAAUAUGAAAAGACAUGUACUCUUCUUGUACAGCUAUUUGACCAAAAUGCACAGAAUUACCAGAAACUUUUGCAUUCAGCUUCUGGAAUAACUGUGGACAUGGCAAUUCAGGAAGGACGUCUUGCAUGGCUAGUAUACUUAGUUGGGACAGUUGUAGGAGGAAGAUUAACAUAUACCAGUACAGAUGAACAUGAUGCUAUGGAUGGAGAAUUAUCCUGUCGAGUUUUUCAGCUCAUAUCUUUAAUGGAUUCCGGAUUGCCUCAGUGUUCUAAUGAGAAGAUAGAGCUUGCAAUUUUGUGGUUCUUGGAUCAGUUUCGUAAAACAUAUGUUGGUGAUCAACUUCAAAGAACCUCAAAGGUUGUACGCCUGAGGAGCGAUGAAUCCAGAGUUCCAGAGAAAGCUUGGAAAAUAGUUAAGGUAUAUGCACGUAUGUCAGAAGUCUUAGGAAUAACAGAUGACAACCACGUUCUAGAAACAUUCAUGACAAAAAUUGUUACAAACCUUAAAUACUGGGGAAGAUGUGAGCCUGUAAUUUCAAGGACUCUUCAGUUCCUAAAUGACCUUUCUGUUGGCUAUAUCCUUUUAAAAAAACUUGUGAAGAUAGAUGCUGUGAAAUUCAUGCUAAAAAACCACACGAGUGAACACUUCCCUUUUCUUGGCAUCAAUGACAGUUACAGUCUCAGUGACUUCAGGUGUCGAACAACCUUCUACACAGCUCUCACUCGCCUUCUGAUGGUAGAUCUAGGCGAAGAUGAGGAUGAAUUUGAGAAUUUCAUGCUGCCUCUUACAGUUGCUUUUGAAACAGUAUUACAAAUAUUCAACAACAACUUUAAACAAGAAGAUGUAAAGCGUAUGUUGAUCGGGCUGGCAAGAGAUCUUCGAGGGAUUGCCUUUGCACUGAACACAAAGACCAGCUACACCAUGCUGUUUGACUGGAUACUUUAUAAAAGUUACCCGACAUACCUUCCCAUUCUGCAGAGGGCAAUUGAACGGUGGUAUGGAGAGCCAGCAUGUACAACUCCCAUCUUGAAACUUAUGGCAGAACUGAUGCAAAAUAGAUCCCAGCGUUUGAAUUUUGAUGUAUCAUCUCCUAAUGGAAUUCUUCUCUUCAGAGAAGCUAGUAAAAUGGUUUGCACUUAUGGUAAUCAGAUCCUGUCCCUCGGGAGCCUCUCAAAAGAUCAGAUUUAUCCAAUGAAACUCAAGGGCAUCUCCAUCUGCUAUUCAGCUCUCAAAUCUGCCUUGUGUGGAAAUUAUGUCAGUUUUGGCGUCUUCAAGUUGUAUGGGGACAACCAUUUUGACAAUAUACUUCAGGCCUUUGUCAAAAUGCUGCUGUCAGUGUCCCACAGUGACUUGCUACAAUACCGGAAACUGAGCCAGUCUUAUUAUCCACUCCUGGAAUGUCUCACCCAGGACCACAUGAGCUUCAUCACCAACCUAGAGCCUCCUGUACUCCUAUAUGUUCUCACAUCUAUCUCAGAGGGACUCACUACUCUUGAUACAGUUGUCUCCUCCAGCUGCUGUACCAGUUUAGACUACAUCGUCACCUACCUCUUCAAGCACAUAGCAAAAGAGGGCAAGAAGCCACUUCGAGUUGGAGAGGCUACCCAGGCUGGUCAGAGACUAUUACAUUUUAUGCAGCAAAACCCAGAUGUCCUGCAGCAGAUGAUGUCUGUCCUCAUGAACACCAUUGUCUUUGAAGACUGUCGGAACCAGUGGUCAGUAUCCAGGCCUCUCCUGGGGCUCAUCCUGCUCAAUGAGAAGUAUUUUAGUGAACUGAGAGCAAGUCUGAUAAACUGCCAGCCUCUUCCCAAGCAGGAGGUCCUUGCCCAGUGUUUCAGGAACUUGAUGGAAGGAGUGGAGCAGAACCUGUCCAUCAAGAACAGAGACAGGUUCACCCAGAAUCUAUCCGUAUUCCGAAGAGAAGUGGCAGAGGCUUUGCGCAGUGACGGCAAUGCGGAACCCUGCAGUCUGGACAUGAUGAGCUGAUCGUGUUGUGCCCAGCAACCUUCAGCAAGAGAAUCUUGAAGGUCUGGGUCCCAGGAUAGUGAUGCUGGCUAGCCCAGGGGAACGUAUUUUUCAAAACAAACAGCAACAAAAGCCCUACCUUUUUAUACGUCUGGCCUAAUUAUAAGAAUUUAUAAUAGUCACACAUAAUGUAAAUUCAGUCUUUGCUCUGAUAAGGCAAAAGAUAUGUUUUCAGUCUUUCUAUUGAAUAUUAUCUUUGUUUUCAUAAUGCUUUGAAAGGAUGUAGAAACAAUAUUUAACCAAAGAACAUAAUAAACCAGGUUUGCACCUACGUGUCUGCUAUUUUAUGGUUGCAAUUAAGGUUGUCAGUUUGUUGGAGAUGCAGCCUUCAACAUGGAUCCUGCAUUGUGACAAAUGCCAAUGGAACCGUUAAAUUAGCAGUUUGUUGUGAGUCUGCAAGAGGCAGCUUUAGGGACUUUGGGCCAUGGGCAUUAGAAGGAGCCUGGGAGCACUGCGGGGCAUCCCACAGGACUGCACACAGCCCUCUCUGCCUCAGCCGCAUCUGAUAAAGUUGAGAGACAGUAACACAAUUAAAUGACUUACAAACAACGUUUGCUUUUCACUGGCAUAAAUCUGAAGUGGUUCAGUCUAGAAGAAUUAAGCUGUGCAGUUACUGCCUGCAGAGAUAUUUCUUUGGAAGGAGUCAUGUAGCUCCAGUAAGAAGUUCUGGGUGGUGUCGGCAUCCAGCCCUGCCUCCAUUUAAUUUUUAAGAGAAGCCAAAUGUAACUGCUAAAAUAUUGUAUUUGAAGCAGCUCUGCCUUCUCGUUCUACCCAAAACAGUUCUAAGUGCUAAAGUUCAGAUUUUCAGAGGACAAGAAACAGCUGGUUUCCAUUCCUCCACAAAAACUUAUUACUGUUGGGAUUGUGACUUAACCCAAACCCAGAACAUGAAGGCCUUUAUAGUUUGUGAUAUACUGUAACUAGGCUAUUAAUUUGAGAUUGCCACUGUCAAGUGGGUUUUUUUUUUUAUCUCACCGCUCUGUUUUUAUGGUUCAGGCUUAUAAUAAAUAUUGUGCCCUUUAUUUCUGAUAAGACAUGAAAGCUUGGCCUUACUGUUGAACAAGAAGUAAAUCCACGGGGCUCCUGUUAAAAUCUCAUUUCUCGGACUAGUGUUUCUUGCAACCUUUCUUGAUAGCUGAGUUUUACAACAGGCUUGUCACAUAAAAGCAGAGUCACCAACUUUAUCUCAAAAUGUUUGCCUUCCAUGUGUGAAGGAAAUUAUAGGAAAAUGUGUCAUAGAUAGGAUUACUUCUAGUAUUUAAUGGAGAAAUAAGCUUCAGCCUUAUACCAUAUUUCAUUAGAAAUGGGAAAUAAAAUUUUCCUUGAAAAGGGAAAUUCUGAACGCUAUAAGACAUCAGCCAUUCAGAGAAGUUUAACAAGAAUUUCUAUUUCUUGGGGGCUUAUAACUGCAUGCUCCAUCCCACAAUGUGUUAUAGAAGCCCUAUCCCAUUCUGCACUGUUUUUACAAAAUCUAGGAUCUAAAAGCACCAUAUCAUUUGCAUUAAAAUUCUCACAAGAAAAUGACAAUGUGCACUUGCUCCUCAUUGCCACACUGCCAGAGGUCACUUGGUGGUUUCGCACUAGCCAAGAAAGGCUCCACCAGACUUGGCCUUUGAGAGCUGUUCUCAGAGGAACACUGGUCAGACCUGCCAGCAGGGGGGCUGACCCGGCAAGACCUGUCCGUGGUGCUGGCCUCGCAGAGCACACUGAGGGCUCUCUUGCCCUUCUUGCCCUUUACAUCCGUUACUCCCGCUGUCCUCACAACAGCCUUAUAGAGGUAGACAGCAUUAGUCCCACUUUGCAGAUGAGGACUCUAAGGCUCAGAGAUGGUAUAUAGUUUACACAGGUCAUAACAGGCAGGAUUUGAACCCUUAUCUGUCUCACUUCAAAGAAAUUCCUGGCCUCUUCCAAGGAAGACAAUUUUCAGAAUGGUGAGUUGAAACCUGUUACAUUUAAGUUGAUUACCAUUUGUUUUUUGGAACUCUACUGUUAAAUAACAAAUUUCUCAAAACUUAGUGUCUUAAGGCAACAUUUAUUAUCUCACAGUUCCUGUAGGUCAGGGAUUCAUAGCUGAGUCCUCUCUUCGGGGUCUCUCACAGGCUGCAGUCAGGGUUAUCAGCCAAGGCUGUGAUCAUGUCAAGGCGUGACUGGGGAGGGUAUGCAUCCAGGCCCACUGGGGGCUGUCAGCAGGAGUCAGGUUCUCAGGGGUUGUCGCCUCAGUUUUCUGCCAAAUGGGCCUCUCAACACUGAGCUCACAACACUGACAUCUUGUUUCGUGAGAAAAGAGCCAAAGAGAGUACAGCAAUCUGGAAGUCCAGGCUUUUAUAACCUCAUCUCAGAAGGGGCGUCCCUUCACUUCUGCUGCAUCCCAUUCAUUAGAAGUAAAUCACUAGGUCUAGGCCACACAUACGAGAACCUGAUUUGGGACUGUGUCCCCCAUCCCCAAGCUUGCCAGAGUCUGCCUCGGUAGGGGACAGUGGGACUCUGGGGAAGAGACCUAGAACCCCAGGAUGUCUCUGUCAGGACAUCCUCUCCCAAGGAUAAGACAAGCAUGCACAGGCAAGGAUACACCCAAGCCUGUGGCAGCUAUACAGAAUAACCAGUGGAGCUAUCAUAUGGUCUAAUCAGAUCGCGAGUGCAUCUAACUUAGACUCAGAAACAGGAAAAAAUAAAUAGUUCUGGCAAUCCCACAGGGCCUACAAACAUGCUCAGAGUGAGGAUGAGAUGGGAGCUGUGGGCCUCUGUUUGCAUACCUCACCCUUCUGAUGGGAUUUUAGUGCAUAAACAGAUGUAUGGCUCAUACAAUGUGACAACUGCUCAAGCAAGUUGAAGGUAUUUUGACUUUGCUUAAUUUUUGCCUUCCACACUGACUUCAGAACCUGACCUUUGAGAAAGCUAUAUCCUGCCCACAUUUUAGAUGUUUCUGUCUUUCUGUGCUUUCCAAACAGACUUCUCUACACUGACAGAUAAAGGAGCAUCAUACCCCUGCAUUUGUGUGAUGAUCUGAACGGCCCAGAAAAGCCCUUUCGGCCCCCCAGACUCCCUUCCACUGGCCCUGACAACCGAGCCGUACCUUCUGGUUAUGGUAGUGGGGCCCCUUUCAAAAUGCAAAACUGGCCUGGCACGUAGCUGAUAGCUGAGACUAGUGACCAAAUUAGCUAAUUGCCAACAGAGAGCUGAACACGAGAGCCAAAAACAGGGUAGGUUUGGUGAGAGAAAUUGGAGAAAGUAAAAGAUCUAGCACAUAGAAAACCUCAUCUAGAUGGGGGCUUGUUCAGCAGUGUUGUGGAAGUAGCAUUUGAGAAAACUUGGCUCCUUAUGAUGAGGAGGGAAAUGAGUAACUGAAGAGAAGAGCAUGGUAGAGUGGAAAGGGAGGAAGUAAAAGUUUCAAGACGAACAUAAAAUAAUUAGAACUGCUAUCAUUUAUUGAGGACCUGAUAAGCAUUACAAAUUUGCUAUCUCAUUUUAUACUUCCCAGUAAAAAUGUCAACUAUUAUUAUCCCCAUUUUAGAGAUGAUAAAACUGAGACUAAAAGACUAACCCAAGGCCACAUAGCUGGAAAGUGGACAAGCCAGGAUUCAAAGUCAGAUCUGCCUGACUCCAAAACUCAUGUUUCUUUUCCACUACGAUCCCUUGAGCUAGUACUUCACACUGGCCUUGGCGGGGACAGUUGGGUGGGAGAGCUGGAUAUGGAACCCUUUGCCCCCCCAGAGGGGCCAAGGCACUCCCAGAGAGAGGCCAGUCCAGGAUGUGGGCCCUUUGUGUGUUGUGUCUGUGGGCUCUGCCACCGAUUCAUCCUCCUCCCUGAACUUUAUAAAAUCAUUCUUGAGACUUUUUAAUGUUUUAUUGAGGUGCAAGUUUACGAUGACAGCAAACCUUUCAAACUACAGCAAGAGUAACCUGCCUCCUUGGCAUAUUAAAAAAUAAUGUUAGUGUUGGUUUUUACGUGCCAUAGUUUGGAUUGCUGAUAAGAGCGCUUCCUUGACAAGAUUCUUUUUGAGGUUUACAGAAAGCGUAAUAAAAUAUGUAAGUUACAUUUCCACAAACAAAA